AGCACUUGUCAUCAGUUUCGUUUGCCAGCAAAUCAAAACAAGUCAAUCCACCAAGAUGUUCAAGUUCUUCGCCGUCGCCCUCUUCGCUCUGAUUGCCUGUGUGGCUGGAAAGCCCGGAAUCGUGGCUCCUCUGGCCUACUCCGCCCCUCUGGUGGCUGCUGCUCCGGCGGCUGCUGUCUACAGCCGGGAAUACCAUGGAAACUUCGCGGCUCCCUACGUGGCAUCGCCCUAUGUGGCCUCUCCCUAUGUGGCUUCUCCUUAUGUGGCGUCUCCAUAUGUUGCAUCUCCCUAUGUUGCAUCUCCCUAUGUGGCUGCUCCCUACACCGCUCCCCUGCUGCUGAAGAAGUAAAAAUGACUAUCAAGGUUUUACUGGAAACAAAAGGACAACCGAAAUAAAGAAAAAAAUAAAGG